AAAACUUUCUGAUCCAAUUGGAUACCUCACCAAUUAUUUAUUCAUUGCUUUCAGUCCACAAUUUACUGACAGCUCUCAAGACCCCAUCUAGCACUGUAAACAAUCACACCCAAGUCACAUCACCCAACGAUCCCAAAAGGUAUGCUUACAACUUUCAAUUACACCACAGCCACAUCACACACCGACAAUGAUGACAACAAGUCAAUCCAUUCAAUGAUCUCCUCUGGAGAACCGCCCCUCGAGCCUUUAAUCAUUCAACAAGGUUUUGCACAUGAGCACAAUGAUCUACUUUUUCCAUCUCCCUUAUACUGGACCUUACUGCUCACCAUCAUCUCUUCGGGGAUGAUCGGCAGGCAGUUCAAGGGAGGAAGGUUGUGGAGUUUGGGAAGGGGUAGGCUAUAUUGUUGUUGUUCCGCAUUGUCGUCGUUGCUUCGUUUGCUGUGCUUGACUUGUGUCAGGGCCUUUUUCCCGGCUCGCCGUUCGUUUUGGAUGGCGUGUUGGGGGAUCGGAAUUGGCAGGGGAAGGGAUGAAUUUACCGGCUUGGCUGAGUUCUACUUUACACUUCUCUAUAUUCUUCUCUGGAGGGAGUAGAGUUGCUGUCUGCCUUUGCAUCGUAACCACGUUUAGUUGGGUGGAGCGUGAGCUGACUAUGUCUGCCUGCAGAGUUUACCUUUUUGGGUUGUUCACCAAUCUUCUUCAUAGCUAGUUUUGUAGUAAUUUUCAUAUUUCGAUCUGAAUUCAAUAUCUGCUGCAUUCGGAUAAUUAACCCCCGUGUAUUCCCUGUAGAACCUAAGCACUAGG